CAUUAUCGUACACCCGCUUCAGGCUAGCAAGGUCGAUGCAGGAACUAAAAGAAAAUGGGAAGAAACAGUUAGAUUAUACUUCGCUUCCACUUUGGAGCGAAUGUGAGGCGGCCCUCAACAGGCGAUACCAACACAUGGUAGCAGAAGAGGCUUCCAAGCCCAAAACUGUUCAGCAGGCCCAAUCUAACCCUAAGAAGAAUGGAAAUAGGAGUUUUUCGUUUGUCGCUGCCAGGAACGACUCUGUUCAAUGCAUGUAUUGCAACUCAGCUGAACAUCAGAUUGGAAACUGCGCUUCCUUCGCAGCCCUGACAGUUCAGCAAAGAUUCGAUUUCGCUAAAAGAGCACCCUUAUGCAUUAACUGUUUAAGAAAGGGUCACACGGUCAAAAAAUGCAAAUCGAACAGAUGUAGAGUGUGCAAUUCCUCACAUCACACUUUGCUACAUAUAUAUGCCCCAAACACAAAUCUCGCGUUGCCACCUCCUUCUCAGCCCACGCUCAUGGAGGAGUCUCCAUCCACUUCGCAUGUUUUGCAUGCGAAUGCAUCGGAUCGAGUCAUUCUUGCAACUGCUGUUGUGAGCGUCCAAACAAAAAGCGGCGAGUUUGUAUUAGCUCGAGCGUUGCUCGACUCUGGUUCACAAUUAAACUUUGUAACCGACGAGCUCGCUCAGAGGAUCAAAAUUACAAGAGAGGACGUGUGCAUGAGCUUGCGAGGCAUUGGUGGAACUAAUGCCCAAGCCACAAAAAAAAUACACACGAUUGUGAAGUCGCGAAUAGGGAACAGCCAAUUGUCGUCCGAUUUUUGGAUUAUGAAAAAUAUUUCUGGUUAUCAUCCGGAUCAAGCGGUGAACACCAGCGGGUGGAGGGUGCCUGAAAAUAUUCAGUUGGCAGAUCCAUUCUUCUUCAAGCCCCAAAAAAUAGAUAUGCUUAUCGGCGCUGAAACAUUCUUUGAACUUUUAUCUAUUGGCCAGAUAAAGCAGGGGCCUGAAUUCCCCAUCCUACAAAAGACAGUUCUCGGCUGGAUAGUGUCAGGCAGAUGUGCCUCUGAAAAUAAUAAAAACGCUGAAAAAAUGGUACAUCUCAGCUGCCAGGAGGAAGCGUUGGAGUCAAUUGACACAACCCUGCAGAAAUUUUGGUCUGUGGAGGACUUGCCGCCCAAGGCUAAAGUCCAUACUCCUGAGCAACAACUCUGUCAACAACACUUUGAGAAAAAUACUCAAAGAUUGUCGUCCGGUAGAUUUUCGGUUCGUUUGCCGUUUAAAUCUGACCCAAAUACUCUUGGUUCGUCAUACGAAGUUGCGAAACGUAGAUUUUUGUCGCUAGAAAGGAAAUUGUCAAAGGACCCUUCGCUGAAGAAGAUGUAUAUUGAAUUCAUGGAGGAAUAUGUUUCACUGGGCCACAUGUCUUCCACCAAUGACAAAAUUCCGAAUACUCCGCACUAUUUCAUUCCGCACCAAUGCGUUUUACGGCCACAAAGUACUUCAACUAAGUUGAGAGUAGUUUUCGAUGCAUCGAGCCGUACUUCUACGCAGGUAGCGUUGAAUGACAUCUUGAUGGUAGGCCCAACUAUUCAAGAGGAGCUGUACUCGACUCUGCUUCGGUUUAGAUUGCAUAAGUUUGCCCUUGCGGCCGACGUCAAAAAGAUGUAGCGCCAAGUGAUGGUGGACGAAGCUGAUCGUAACUUCCAGCUCAUAGUAUGGAGACGAGAUCCUUCUGAGUCCCUGAAAAUCUUUAAGUUGAACACCGUUACAUAUGGAACUUCGCCAGCACCCUUUUUGGCGAUUCGGUGUUUAAUGCGGCUAGGAGAGAUGGCGCAAGCAACUCAUCCAAAAGCCGCAAAGGUUAUUCAGAAUGAUUUUUAUGUUGACGAUUUGUUGACUGGCGCCGGAUGCGUUGAGGACCUGCAAAGC